AUGAAAGAGGAAAUUUUUGAUAAUAAUUAUAAAGGCCAUUUCGCUACGGAUGUCGAAAAGGGUACUAUAUCAGGGGACCAUGAUUCUAUAGUGUCUUCGAAAAAUUCUUCCUCUGAGAAAGGAGAAAGUCAUGAUAAUUUUGUCACAGAAACUUCAGAUGAUUUUUCAGACACAUCUUCAUUUUAUGAAAAAUGGUUUAAUCAAAUGAAUGUUGAAAGUAGUGGUAUUGAACCAAUUGGGGAUGACAAGAAAACUGACCCAUCAUUAUUAAAUCCUACAAUUGUUUGGUUUUCUGCCAAUUUUGUCCUUUCUGCAUAUGCAAUUGGUGCGUUAGGUCCCAUGGUCUACGGUUUAAAUUUUGGUACUUGUGCACUAACGGUAAUCUUUUUCAAUAUUAUCGGAUGUAUUCCAGUCGGUUACUUUUCUAUUUUUGGUGCUAAAUUGGGUAUUAGACAGAUGAUCUUAUCUCGGUAUUGGAUGGGUAAUAUUACGGGUCGUUUUUUCUCAUUAAUUAAUGUUAUCGCAUGUGUUGGUUGGUGUGUUUUAAAUACAAUUUGUUCUGCUCAAUUGUUAAAUAUGGUCAAUUCCGGUUCUUCGCACCAGUUACCGUUAUGGGCUGGUUGUCUAGUUAUUAUUUGUGGUACUGUCAUUAUUUCAUUUUUCGGUUAUACAGCCAUUCACCAAUUUGAAAAAUGGUCAUGGAUUCCAAACCUUGCAAUAUUUCUUGUAAUUAUUGCUAGAUUAAAAAUGUCAGGUAAAUGGAAUGAUGGUGAGUGGACCAAAGGUCCCACUACUGCAGGAAAUGUUUUAUCAUUUGGUUGUGCAGUCUUUGGUUAUUCCGGUGCGUGGGCAACAUAUGCUUCAGAUUAUACAGUAUUUAUGCCAAGAAGUACAAGUAGUUGGAAAAUUUGUAUUGCAUUAUCCCUAGGUAUUUAUAUUCCAUUGUGUUUUGUUAUGAUACUUGGUGCUGCAUGUGGUAUGGGUGGUGUAAAUGAUCCAACUUGGGGGAAAUUAUAUGACGAAAAUUCAAUAGGUGGAUUAACCUAUGCUGUAUUAGUACCUGAUUCAGUUCAUGGUUUUGGUCAAUUCUGUUGUGUUGUCUUGGCAUUAUCUACCAUUGCAAAUAAUUUACCAAAUAUGUACACAGUGUCACUUUCGGUUCAAGCACUUUGGUCACCAUUAGCAAAGAUUCCAAGACCAUGUUGGACAUUAGCUGGGAAUGCAGCUGCUUUAACAAUUUCAAUCCUUGCAUGUUAUUUUUUUAAAUCAUUUCUUGAAAAUUUUAUGAACACAAUUGCAUAUUAUGGUGCAAUAUACAUUGCAUUGGGACUUUGUGAACAUUUAUUAUUUAGAAAAAAUUAUCAAUCAUAUAAUAUUCAAGAUUGGCAAGAUUAUAAGAAGAUGCCUAUUGGUAUAGCAGGAACCACUGCGUUUAUUGUUGCUGCGUUCGGUGUUGCUUUAGGAAUGUGUCAAACGUACUGGGUAGGUGAAAUUGCUAAAAGGAUCGGUAAAGAUGGUGGUGAUAUUGGAUUUGAAUUAGGUGCAGCAUGGGGGGCAGUGGUUUAUGUUAUAGUAAGACCAUUAGAAUUAAAAUAUUUUGGUCGCUAA